AUGCACCUCAUGCUUCCAGAAGCCCCAGCGAGCGAUUCAAAUAGUAGUGGUCCUCGGCAGGCUAGUCCUCUACCAUCUACCACAGCUCCGCCAACAGUUACACAAGCACAGUCUGCCGCGCCUUCAAAUCCCGCACCUUCAAAUCCCGCGUCCCCAACUUUCAGUUCAAAUACCUCGCAGUCUAUUCGGCUUCCCUCUCACGAAAACUUCUUGAACUUGGCGGCAGAAGUGCGAGCUAUCCGAGAUCGAGUUGCGCAGCUUUGCCCAGCAGAAUCUACUCCUACAGCGCCACAAUUACCAUCACAUCCAGGAGACGUUUACAUCGUAUACGGCCAUGAGUUCCAAGGUAUCCUGAUCAGGCCGGAUUCCAUCCUUCAUACCAACCCUGGUGCAACAAUAUCGGUGCCUGAAGAUUCUUCCAAUAGAUUCAACACUCCUAAUGCUGCCGUCAAUGAUGUGAAUAUCACACCCAAUGCUCGACCUCUCCAGCCAAAUGCUGCUAACCAACGCCAAAUUGAUCCACUUCGUGCUGGAGGUGCAAUCAUCUUCCGAAACUUAUUCCAGUGUAUCCGGCUUUUCUUCUUCGUCUAUCUGUUCAGUGAUCCCGGUACAUGGACCCGCUAUCUUCUGGUAAUCGGAUCUCUGCUGGUCAUUGUCCUGGGUGAAACAGAACUAUACCAAGCUGUUCACAGCCUGCUCAUUGCCCCUUUUCACCGUUAUCUUGAGCGCCUUACGCAUGUGGGUGGCCCAGAUCAACAACCAGCAAACAACCAACCCCAUGGCGCUAUUCCCCAUUUCCGCAGAUUCCAGCUUGAGUCAUUUGCACUGGGCCGUGCUUUGAUACUCCUCCUCACCAGUUUGAUUCCAGGCGUCGGCGAACGCCAGGUCGAGGCACGCAAUGCUGCAGAAGCUGAGCGUCAGCGGAUAGAAGAGCGCCAACGCGAAGCUGAACAAGAGCGCCAACGCGAAGCUGAACAAGAGCACCAACGCGAAGCUGAACAAGAGCACCAACGCGAAGCUGAACAAGAGCGAGAGGAAAACAGCGCACCGGAUCAGCAGGCCUCCAAUGAAAUUCCUGAGCAAGGUCAGGCUGCCUCUGCUUGA